AUGCCUGACUUCGCCGAUAAGCUCCGUCCAAGCCAGCCAGAUGGACCUACAACUCUUGCACGCAAGCGAGCAGAAUCUAGCAUAUCAACCGAAGAGCUGGGGCACCAUCUCCUCUCAGCUGAUGGAUUUCUCGAACGACAAGCUCGAAUCCUGCCAAUUGUGCAACGCGAGCCCCUUCUCUCAAAAGAUAAACAGCAGAAUCUAUCUCGACCUGAAAGAUUCAAGCUAGGCCUUGCCCGCGCAAAGCUUCUGCGGCGAUUGGUCGAUAAACACCAAUGGAGUCAUGAAGAUUACAAAAUGGCCGAAUACCUAGUGAGCGAUGUGUCACCAUACUUUCUUCACUUGGAGAUGUUCGUCACCACUGUUCGGGAACAAGGUAGCGAGGCGCAACGAGCUCAUUGGCUGCCAUUGAUCGACUCAUGGAAGAUCAUUGGAGCGUAUGCACAAACAGAGCUUGGCCAUGGCAGUAAUGUUCGUGGAUUAGAGCUUGAGGCACGCUGGGAUCCUACAACAAAGGAGUUCAUUCUACAUAGUCCCACGCUCACGGCUAGUAAAUGGUGGAAUGGAAGCUUGGGUAGGAUUGCGAAUUAUGCUAUUGUUGUUGCUCAACUACUUCUUCCUAAAUACGAUGCUCCAGACCAAUGCGUGUCUCAUGGUCCACAUCCAUUCAUUGUUCAAGUGCGAGAUAUGGAUACGCACCUGCCACUGGAUGGUGUGGUUGUUGGAGACAUUGGGCCGAAAUAUGGCUAUAUCACGAUGGAUAAUGCUUAUAUGCUUUUCAACAAUUUCCGUAUCCCUCAUUCUGCUAUGCUCUCACGAUAUUCCAGUGUUGAUCCGGACACAGGGAUAUAUACGAAACCAGAGCAACCAGCGACAGUCUACGGAUCCUUAACAUACGUUCGAGCGCAAAUAGUCCAUCACGCCAGACUAGUCCUCGCACGCGCUGUAACGGUAGCCGUACGGUACACAGCAAUCCGAAGACAGUUCAAAGACCGAGAUAGUGAUGGAAGUGGACCCGAAUUAUCUGUACUCGAUUACCCCACUGUUCAAAUUCGCAUCCUGCCUUUACUCGCAACCACCUUUGCGCUACACUACACCGGUCUAGCUAUGCGGAAUAUCUACGAGAAUGCGCGCCAGGAUAUUGAGCGAGGGAAUUUCGAUUCUUUGGCAUAUAUGCACAGUAUGUCCUCUGGUCUGAAAAGUCUAUGUACUAUGCUCGCUGCGGAUGGGAUUGAGACUUGUCGCCGUGCAUUGGGUGGACAUGGCUUCGGAGGUGGGAGUGGACUUAUCGAGCUUAACAAUGAUUAUUUGUCUAAGCCUACAGUCGAAGGAGAUGACUGGAUGAUUACACAGCAAUUGGCCUCUUGGCUUAUCAAGAAAAUGGCUUCUGCUGUGAAAGCGACUGACUCUCCCAGCAAUUAUGAGGUCGAGGUUCGAUUCAAGGAGUAUGUUCGAGGAAAGCGAGCUGGGGAGAAUUCUCCCUCAUCAGGGUAUCUGGUGUUAGAGAGCGACGAGGAAAUAGUGAAAAGCUUUGAGCUACGUGCGACCACCCUUGCAUAUAAUGCAUAUGAACAACGAAUCCUUAAGAAGAGAAGCUGGAAUAGCCUUCUUAUUCAGCUUCACAAGCUGAGCAAGGCUCAAUCCCAAUCGAUUGUUGUUGGAAAGUUCUUUGAGGCCUUGUGGACGGAUACUACUCUCUCGCCUUCCCUCAAGGAUAUUCUGUUGGACUUAUAUCGUCUCUUCGCGCUUUAUACUAUGGAAAAUGAAGCAUAUGAAUUCUUGCGUUGCGGUGCCGUCUCUCAAUCAGUUAUCGAUCUUAUUCCAGCCCGGAUUGAGGAUCUAAUGAGGAAAAUUCGACCACAUUCUGUGAAGCUGGUGGACUCAUGGAUGAUUCCCGAUUACUUGUUAGACAGUGCAUUGGGGAGGUAUGAUGGACGGGUGUAUGAGGAUCUUUACAACAGGGCUCAUCGAUUGAAUCCGUUAAAUCGGAUGACUUUCAAUCCGAAUUACUGGGAAGAUGAGAUCAUUAAAGGGUCUGGCGAUGAUGGAGCUGGCAUUUUGUCUAGACUGUAG